AUGAAAUGGCAACCAUGUAUAGCAUGAAAUCGGUCUGUGAUGGCAACAUUGUUACCAUUUGACAUCUGACUGGAAAAAUGUCAAAAACCGCUUUUUAACAAGUAUUCUUGUUCUUCGAUCUAAUAACAAAUGAAAUCCAGAAGGGAAUCCGUGGGACUCACAGGUUUAUUUGUGCACAGAGUGUCUGCUAUUAAAGAUAAAUAUAAUAAAGAAUAACAUAGAUGACAAAAUAAAGUUCUAAUGCUGAUGCGGAUAAGGUAUUGCAAUGUCGUCGUCGAAUUCUGCAAUGGAGGUUGAUGGAGCCCCAGGAGGUGCUCCUGGCCCUUUAAAGAGAAGUUCUAGUGCACCGAUGAUUAAUGAAGUUUCCAGUUGUAACAUGACAUCAGGCAGUUCCAGCAGCGCUACUCCCAGCAGUCAAGCUUCGUUUCCAAAUUUAUUCGGUUUUGUAAACUCCACCAGAAACCGACGACACAGUGCUAGUUUUAGUCAAGUUCCAGGAUCUCCGGUAUCUGGAGUGCGUCGAAUCAAUCAAUUACGCCGAGAAGAACAUGAAGUAAUGUCAGAUUCUCGGGAGCUUGCUCGUGAAAGAGAAAUACACAGCGCAAUGCAAAUAUCCCAGUCUUUGGAAGACCUUUCUAUAAUGACCGAAUCUCCAAGUGAUCCGAAGAGUAGCAGGAUGGGACCCAUUCAUGUCAACCUUCCUGCUAACAGCUUUAUGUGCAAUUCUCCUUCGCCAACUAGAUGUUUUGGCUUCCAAAGUCCUACACGUCGAAAUUUCGUACGACGCAGUGAGAGUCCAGUUUUGCGCCCUAGUCCACUUUUACGCGCAAAACGCAAACUUGAUGACAGAGACGUCGACUUUUCUAUUAGCCCCCGAGCCAAACGGGUCAAUACGUACUCAGGGAGUGAUGGCAGAGGAUUGUUAACCACUACAACAAAUUCCUUGCAAGGUUCCUUAAGUUCAGUUGGAACUCCUGAAAGCCUCUCUAGCGCGGAUUCUCCAGGUUCCGGAUUUGCAUUUCGUCCAGUUGACAGUCCAUCGCCGACACUGGAGGGUAGCAGUCAAGGAGAAUCCAUGAUGGGCAAAGGGGGAGAUCAAGACAUGGCUGAAAGUCCCAGCUAAUUAUCAUUCCAAAUAGAAAUGGAAGACGGAAAGAUUUACGCUUUUUGAAUGAGAAUGAAAUAGUAUGGUGUGAUGCAGUGUAAACAUUUUAAAAUCUGUGUGUUUUGUUGAUGUGUAGAUAUCUGUAAGUACUUGGGUUAGGUUUGAAAACGUAUUUAAAGUUUAUUAGAGCAAAGCCAAAGUAAUAUUUGAGAGACUCGCGGAGAAUUGUGAAAUAUAUACAUAUAUUUUGUAGUGUUAAGUAAUCCUUGUUUCCAAUGUUUUCAAGUGGUCAACCGCAGAUUUAUUCGGAUACUCUUAGCUUUUCCUAGCUUAGGCUCCGAUCUAAUUUGUUCUCACUGUUCUGCAAGAUUGAUCAAGAGGAUUGUAACCGAAUUAUUUAUCAUAAGGUAAUCUAGAAUGUGUUCAAAUAUGUCUAAUUUUGCAAUAACAUUUAAUAUUAUAACUUUUAGAUCAUCUGGAAAAGUGCUAUUUGACUAAAAAUACAAUUCAUUACUUGAAGUUUUAAUAACUUCUGAAAUACUGUUUCUGUAGGAUUAGCAACACGAAUUAUUUGAAGUUGUUUUGUCUUUCGAGUUGUUAAAUUUAAGUCUCGUCAAAUUGAAUGGAUACAAUUUGCAUAACUGGAGAUUAUGAUAGGUGAGUUUAUUCACAAUAAUUACUUGAAGAUUGUUAUUAGGACUUUAUUUGUAUUAACAUAGACAUUAUUCACAAUAAUGCAAACCUGAAAUACUUCGUAAUAUCAGAAGUUUCAAAUUUGCUAAUAUGAAAAAAGUUUUUUACUACCAUUAUUAUAUUUGUUAAUCAAAAUGAAACUCUACUUACAUCUUCAAUAAAUCUGUUUUGACA